CAACUUGAUAUAAAUGCAUGUGGGCGAAAUAGAAGCCUGGGGAGUACUCGCGUUAUCACAGAACACGAUUCAUAAUAUUAUACGCAGGGUGUGAAAUUAAUUUUUUUUAAAAUGUGAGGUGGACAAAUGAGCGUCUCCCCAAAACACAAACAUUAAUAAACAUGCCGCGCAUUAACAACGGUGCAUUUUAACCUCUGGGGAAAACAUCAUAAACGAAAUCCCUCUGUUGGGCUUGAGAAAGCAGCUUUGCGGCGGAAUAAAGCGAGACAGAUUGACGUCAUUGAAACCGACGCAGAGAGAGCCGACCGAAAUCAACAGCAGCAGCAGCCAGCAACCUCGAGUACCUAACUACAAACAUCCUCGGCACUGUAGUACAUCAUUGCCAGAGAGCAUCUUCAGAAAAUAACGAGGUGUAAGUGAUAAGAUGGCCACCUCCUCCUCCAAUCUGGAAGAAGACGAGAGUCUGAAAGGCUGUGAAGUUUUUGUGCAGAAACACAACAUCCAGCAGAUCCUGAAGGAGUGCAUUGUGAACCUUUGCAUCGCGAAGCCUGAGCGUCCUAUGAAAUUCCUGCGGGAGCAUUUUGAAAAGCUGGAGAAGGAAGAAUGCAAACAGAUUCUGGCCCGCCAGAAGUCCAACUCUCAGUCGGAUUCCCAUGACGACGAGGUGUCCCCGCCCCCCCCGAACCCGGUGGUGAAGGCGCGGCGCCGGCGCGGGGGGGUGAGCGCCGAGGUCUACACCGAGGAGGACGCCGUCAGCUACGUCCGGAAGGUGAUCCCUAAGGACUACAAGACCAUGACUGCUCUGGCCAAGGCCAUCUCCAAGAACGUGCUCUUCGCUCACCUUGAUGACAACGAGAGGAGCUGGGCGGAGCCGCGGCGCUGGGAACACUCGCGGAAGACUCCGACCGCGACCAAACAGCGUUUCACUGGCGAGGAGAAUCCAUUACUGCACACCAGCACGCUGCAGAGAACAAUCCAGAUCUUUCCAGGGGUGGAGGUCGGGCGUUUUUCGACCUCAUAUCGCCCAAUCCUCUCUGACCAGGAGUGGCAGUCGGUGCAGUCUCUCUUCGACGUCCCUCAGUUCUCCCCCUGUUCCUCCCUCUCCACCUCAGGUUGUGAGAGGGUGUUGCCGUCCGAGUGGCGGUUGCGCUGGGCGCUCCAGGUGCUCGCCCUCACGCUGGGGCAGGAAGUGGCCCUGCUUUAUAUCCCUUAUAAACCACUCCAGCUUCGCACCUCCAAAUCCGGCAGGGCCUUUAGGGUGCCGUCCGCACGGACCGACCAGUGCAGGGGUGCACACGUGGAGCUGCGGGGCACGGUGUCAGGUGCUGGAGUCCUGUGCUUACAGGCCUCGGUUGCGCUGGUUUCCUGGGAACAGGGCCUGCUGUCUUGCUGCCAGUCUCUGUCCUGCCUGUGGGCAUACAGGCUGCUGUUGUGUAUACAGGGCUGUGACUCGCCGGGCGUGGCCCGCCGGCGGCGGCGGUGGCGGUGGGGGAAAGAAAUUCCAUUGAGAAGAAUGCAGAGAAGGGGGAGGAGUCAGCAGCCCAGACGUGACACGCGAUUGGCUCAAUCGGUCCCUCUCUCUGUUCCUAUCUCCACAGGUGAUGAAGGGGAUAACUUCUACGUUAUCGACCAAGGGGAAGUGGACGUGUAUGUGAACGGCGAGUGGGUCACCAGCAUCGGGGAGGGGGGCAGUUUCGGGGAGCUGGCCCUGAUCUACGGGACGCCCCGAGCUGCCACUGUAAAGGCCAAGACAGACCUGAAGCUGUGGGGCAUCGACCGCGACAGCUACCGCCGUAUUCUUAUGGGCAGCACCCUGAGGAAGAGGAAGAUGUACGAAGAGUUCCUGAGCAAAGUGUCCAUCCUGGAGUCCCUGGAAAAGUGGGAGAGGCUGACGGUGGCUGACGCCCUGGAGCCCGUGCAGUUUGAGGACGGGGAGAAGAUCGUGGUGCAGGGAGAGCCUGGGGACGACUUCUUCAUCAUCACGGAGGGCACAGCCUCUGUUCUCCAGCGCAGGUCUGAUAAUGAGGAGUAUGUAGAGGUGGGUCGCCUGGGCCCCUCCGACUACUUUGGUGAGAUAGCGCUGCUGCUGAACAGGCCGCGGGCGGCCACGGUGGUGGCCCGCGGGCCGCUGAAGUGCGUGAAGCUGGACCGGCCGCGUUUCGAGCGCGUCCUGGGACCCUGCUCCGAAAUCCUCAAGAGGAACAUCCAGAGAUACAACAGCUUCAUCUCCCUGACCGUGUGACCGCGUGACCGUGUGACCGUGUGACCGCGUGACCGCGCAUGCUGCCGACCGGGAACCACGCGAUCGCCAUGGGAACGGGGGGCGGGGUGUAGCCGGGGCCAGCGGAGAGGGGGGGGGGGGCGGAGCUGGGUUGGGGUGGGGUGGGAGGGGCUUGCUUCCUGCCUUUUUAAAAAAAUAUAAUUUGCUUGUUAUUUUAUUAUCUUUUUAUCUUGUGCACUUCGGCUUGACCUGUGCUGUCACGUAGCUUUACUUAAAAAAACAA